UUUUCUGCAGGAAAACUCUGGACAGGGUUUGCACCAUGAAGGAGAGGAGAAACACACAGCCGCUCGUGGUGAGAUGUAAACUGGUUCUUGUUGGAGACGUUCAAUGCGGAAAAACGGCGAUGUUGCAAGUCCUCGCAAAGGAUUGUUACCCAGAGACCUACGUGCCCACGGUAUUUGAGAACUACACAGCCUGUCUGGAGCUGGAGGAGCAGCGAGUGGAGCUCAGUCUGUGGGACACCUCAGGUUCUCCCUAUUAUGAUAAUGUGAGACCCCUGUGCUACAGCGACUCAGACGCAGUCUUGUUAUGUUUUGACAUCAGCCGCCCGGACACUGUUGACAGCAGUCUGAAAAAGUGGAAGACUGAAAUUCUGGACUUUUGUCCGAGUACACGUAUUCUGCUUAUUGGCUGUAAGACUGACCUCCGCACAGAUGUCUGCACACUGAUGGAGCUGUCCAACCAGAAACAAACUCCCAUCACCUACGAGCAGGGUUCUGCUAUGGCCAAGCAACUGGGUGCAGAAGCUUACCUCGAGUGUUCUGCAUUCACCUCAGAGAAAAGCAUCCACAGUGUAUUCCGCACCGCAGCGAUGGCCUGCAUCAACAAACUGCAACCUCUCCCAAAGCCCAGCCCCACCCGCCGCCUCUCCAAAAGACUGCUCCACCUGCCUAGCAAGUCUGAUUUGCUGUCCUCCACCUUCAAGAAAGAGAAGGCCAAAAGCUGCUCAGUAAUGUGAGUGGGGACCUUUUGGGUUACAGUACUCGCGUGCGACUCCUUGCCCCAACCUCUUUGGACUGGGGGAAGGGGGGUGGGCAUGAUGGUUUUAUCAGGGUCUCCUGCUGAAUCCUUCCCUCACCCCCCCAGAUACCAAACACUUCUCAGAAGAGGUGGACACUUUGCUGUCCACUUGCUCCUGAACCUUUUGGCCCAUAUCCAUUUUUUUCUCCACCGUUUAACUUUGCUUUCGAACAAAACCGUGUCAGUAAAGGUUGAACCAUCAAGCUAUCAUUUUUUUCACGUGUUAACAUUAUGCAACUACAGCGGUGUUACAUCUGUCUGAUUUUAUUAUCUAUAUGCACAUGUUGAUUUUGUCCAGUAUGGAAAUGUGCAACGUGUAACGUUUAAUCUUGUGAUGUAAAAAAAUGCCUCUCCGAAAAAUCAAUGGAUAUUUUUCUAAGUACAUGAAAAAAAUCUAGCAUGAGACUGUCCGGAAUUAGCUAAAUCCUGUACAGGCUGUACAGGUGAGGUGUGAAAUAAGUGCAACUGUUUUUCCCUUUUCAUGAAAGUGCAGAGAUGCACUGGGACGACAGGGAAAACCACUGAGAACUAUUACACAGGGAGUUUUCUUUUUUUUUUCGGUUUUUUUAUUUUAUUUGAUCAUAACUGUCUCAGUGAUGAGAGCAGGGAUAAGUGCAGGGCUGCUUCGCAGACAGCAGGCUAGACUGAAUCAACCUGCAUGGAUGGUUGAUGUAGCGUUAUGGUCUGUACUAGUCCGCAGGUUUUCAAAGGGUGAGGGGGAGAAGGCUGAGGAAAUUCUGUAUAUUCAAAAUGCAGAAAAUUGAAUGGGAAAAAAUGCCUCAAAAGAGGACAGGAAAAGUAGGUGGUGGCUCCUCAAGGCCACCGGAGUUUCUGCUGUCAAUGAAACAGACAUUUCAAUGGAAAGGAAAAGAUCAUUUUAUUGUGACCAGCAACUCAACCAUAAACUGCUAAAGCUGUCAAGCCAUUGAAUGUUAUUUAUGAAAUUGUAGCAGGUUAUUGAGGCCAGGCGAGAUGCUGGGAGCCACAUUUAAAAGGGUGAAACGAACUCCUACCUGAGUCAGACUGACCAGGUAUGUGAUAAAUCUGAUGUGUAUUUUGGAAUAUUCUUUUGAAAUGAUUUGUAGCAAUGCAUUGUUGACAAUUUGUUAAACAGUUGUCACGAUGAAAGCAGCUUUGAAAUGCCUUUCAUAUCAUAUUCCUGACAGUUAUUGAUGUUCUGGACUCCAGUAUUGGUGAAACAUGGCUAUGGAUUUCUCUCAUUUGCAUCAAUCUAAUGUAGCACUCCCAAGAUGACUCUAAUUUUGUUUUGCACACACUUGUCAAUCUAUUGACCUCCAGUAAGUAGCACUUAUUGUAGGUCCAUGACUAUGGGGGGAAAAAACAUUUAAAAACAAAUAACAGACACUUUUCUUAUUUGAAAUCUUUGGCUUUAUGGUUAUGUGUGUGUGUGCAGCAUUGAAGUCUAUGCUUCUAACCAUAAAGCAAUAAUGAUUUAAGUGCUUACGAUGCAAGGUGACCUGUGUGGCAAUAAUGAUACAGCUUUCUGACUACUGUCAUGCUAUAAGUGCUCCAUGAACUGACUCGUUAUAGACUGAAACCAUCUCUGCAGUGUAAAAAAGGCUGCUGAUCUCCAUUUGCCCCCUUUUUCUGUGUUGGUUGCUGCUGGUUUGUUAAGUAACCAGUGGCAUAUUGUGCUCUGAAAAGAGUACGGGAUUAAAAGGGAACAUGUCUCUUUAAGCUAAAAAUGCCAGACUUUGCUGCCAGUUCUACAUGAUUUUAAUGAAGGAUAUUGCGGUUGUAAAACUCAAUUGAACUGUUUUUGUGACUUGACAAUGACGUUCUUUCAAAAUUUGGAAAUAUACUUCAAAAGUCUAACAAUUAUUAAUGAAGGGCUAGUAAGAACAAAAAAAAGAAAAUGAUAAGGGACUACGUAGAACAAAUAAUCAAAUUGCACAGGCUGGCCCUGUCCAAAGAAAGCUAUUUUUCCAUUCUUCUUUUUGUGCGCGCGUGGGUGUUUUUGUGUAUUUAAUGGCAUGAUGUGAGUUCCCAUGUUAUUUUGGAAAUAUCUUCCUGACAUGGCUUUUGUGUCUUAGCGGAGCUGUGGGCUGCCCUUGGUAAAUGGAGGAACUUAAAGUGGUGAUUUGCACAAAGGCUUCCAGUUCAUGGUAACACACCAAAAUUCCUCAGCAUUGCCUAGCAACAAUUCUGUGCAGAAAACAGACACCCGUGCUUGGGAAGGUUUUGUGGACAGACGGGUUGAGCGCACAAGCAGACGUCUCCAUAUCCGUCAUUACCGCAUCAUUAAUGCAUUAUAUGCUUGUUAGAAAAACAUUUUGUAUUUUUCUUUGAGUCAGAGUAAAGUUGUGAACUUUGUACGGGCAGCCCAACGAUCAUUUCAAUGAAUAUGCAGCCUUUGUGUUGUAGUGUGUGGUAAAAUGGUGCAGUAAAACUCCUACGCAUGUCCUAAUAAACUUGUAUGAUUGUACAUACUGUCUUUUAUUUUAGUCACUGGAAGACAUCUUCAAGGUUGUCACAAGAGAAUCAUUUUGCUGAUGUGAAUAUUUAUUUGGUUGCUAAGUUUGCCUUUUUUUUUUUUUCUUUUUUUUUUUU